AUGCCGAGGACAGCCCUCAUCACCGAUGCAGACGGCAUCGCAGGCGUCGCGUUACUCAAACACCUUUUGGACAGCACCUCUAAAGAUGAAUGGACUCGGAUUGUGGUCAACACCAGAUCAAAGACCCAUGGCAAAACGAACGAUAAUCGUAUACAUUUCAUCGAUCUUGACUUCUCGCGGCGUCCCGGCACGCUCAUUGAGCACAUGACAGGACCUUGUGCGAGUAUCACGCAUGCCUUCUUCUGCUCCUACGUGCAUAAGGAGAGUUUCGAGGAGCUGAACAAGGCAAAUGCAGAGCUGUUUGAGAACUUCCUACUUGCAUUGACAGCCACCGCAUCCGCAUUGGAAAAUGUGACACUUCUUAGCAGCAGCAAAUAUUACGGGUCGCAUAUAUCCCCUGUGCCAACCCCGUGUCGAGAGGAUGAUGUCAGGCGAGGAGACCCGGCAGACAAUUUUUACCAUGCCCAAGAAGACUUCUUGACAAUGCUGCAGAUGAACCAGACUUGGACCUGGAAUGUCAUUCGUCCGGAGCCCAUCGUCAGUGCCGCAGUCGUGCCGGGAGAGUUCAAUAUUGCAUUGACUCUGGCCAUGUACUUUAUGAUGACGGAACAUGUAGUUGAAGAAGCUCGCAUGCCUACGAAUGAACGCUGUUGGAAUGGUAUUGCAGCUUUCAGCGACGCAAAGCUGCUCGCGGAAUUCUGUGUCUGGGCUGCGAUCAAUGAUGAUUGUGCACAACAAGCAUUCAACUUCAGCAAUGGUGACCACCUUGUCUGGCGCUUCGUGUGGCCGCUUUUGGCAGAUCAGUUCGGCGCGUACUCGACUCCAGACCAGAUAUUUCAGAAGCCCGAGCCAGUGAGGGGCAUGCUGCAGCAAGAGUUCAGCCUGGUUGAGUGGGCAAGCGACAAGAAGGCUAUUUGGGACAGGGUUUGCGAGGAAACGGGCAUCCUGGAGGCCAGAGAAAGCUUUUCGUCUGCUUCGUGGAGUGAGCUCGACAGCAUGUUCCAACGUUCAUGGUCCGUCAACGUGAGCGUGAACAAGGCUAGGAAGUUUGGAUGGACUGGAAUCAAGGAUUCUUUUGAUUGCUUCGUGGACGCUUUCGAAGCCCUGAGGCAGGAGAAUGUGCUCCCCUGA